ACUUUUGAAUCUGGUCGCGUUUGAUUGCUGUACUUCGUCUGUGUCUAUUUCACUGCAAAUUCGACAAAUUUCUCACAGUGUUCUCCGUCAUGGCAUCGACGGCCGAUCACAAGGCAUCUGUCAUUGACGGUAAAGCCGUCGCUCAGACUAUCCGGUCCGAAAUCGCUGCCGAAGUUCAGCAACUCUUCAAGAAAUACGGCAAGGUCCCUGGACUCGCUGUUGUCAUUGUGGGCACCAGAAAGGAUUCUCAAAGCUAUGUGAAUAUGAAGAGGAAAGCAUGUGCUGAAGUUGGCAUUAAGUCGGUUGAUGUAGACCUUCCAGAGCAAGUAUCUGAGGAUGAAUUGAUCCAGAAGGUCCACGAGUUAAAUGCAACUCCUGAUGUACAUGGGAUACUGGUUCAACUUCCGUUACCAAAGCAUAUUAAUGAGGAGAAAGUCUUAAGUGAAAUCAGCAUUGAUAAGGAUGUAGAUGGUUUUCAUCCGCUAAAUAUUGGCAAGCUUGCAAUGAAAGGCAGAGAACCUUUGUUUCAGCCUUGCACGCCUAAGGGAUGUCUAGAACUUCUGUCACGGAGUGGAAUAACUAUAAAAGGAAAAAGAGCAGUUGUGGUUGGUCGAAGCAACAUAGUUGGAUUGCCUGUGUCACUACUACUUCUGAAAGCAGAUGCCACUGUUACUGUAGUUCACUCACAUACCCCUAAUCCAGAAAGCAUCAUCCGUGAAGCAGACAUUGUUAUUGCUGCAGCAGGACAAGCAAUGAUGAUCAAAGGUGAUUGGAUUAAACCUGGAGCAGCAGUUAUUGAUGUGGGUACAAAUGCUGUUGAUGACCCGAGUAAGAAAUCAGGUUACAGGUUAGUAGGUGAUAUAGACUACAAAGAAGCUUGUAAGGUAGCUGGAUGGGUGACCCCUGUUCCUGGUGGUGUGGGCCCAAUGACCGUCGCAAUGCUACUGAAGAAUACAUUAGAUGGUGCUAAAUAUAAGAUGGAACACUAAACCCUUUUUUUUUUUUUGUCUAAAUCCUUUUUCUUGUAUCAUUUCAGGACACCAUAUUGGUAUUAAUGUCUUACAAAAGGAAAAAGGAAAAAACAAAAUAUAAAUAAACCUUAAUACUUUGUUGUUGUAUCCCAACAUUGGCUUUCAUAUUCUGCGCAAGAUACUGUUCAUUUUUGGAU